AUGGCUUCGAGGUCGACUUUGCGUUUUCUACUUGCUGCACUCCCGGUUUUCGAAGGGGCCUCCGAGCUCUGCGACGCAGGAGAUUCCGCUUGUGCAGCGAAGUCGUCGGCGCUGCUGCAGCACGGCGCCCGUCAAAGUCGGGCCGACGACGAGAGCCUCUACGGCGCUGCCUUGGCGCCCAUUUGCAAGGAUGCCGCCGACUUCCUUCCCGAGAGAGAGAUGUGGGCUUACUGCGACUUCUACGGGCACGGUGCCGUGCUGCCAGACGAAGCGACCUGCAAUGCUCAAGAUGGUUGUUACGGUGGAAUGGGCUGGUGCCACUGUGAGGGCAAGGAGGGUUGCCUCGCCGUGGGUGGCUACUGGUUCGCUCAAACCUGUACCAUGGAGGUGGAGAUGUUUAGUCAAGAACAGCGCGAGAUGUUGCACUUGGCCGACUCCAGCGGCAGCUGCCUUGACUUGGAGGCCAACGGUAUGCGUGCGUCGGAUCUCGUAUCGUGGCCGUCGACGAAAUGCUGCGCAUCCUUCCCGGCGACGGUCUGCGACAAGGAUCUCACGCCGCAAACACCCUGCAUGCACAACGAGGACUUCGAGCACAACAAGACGAUGUGGGCCUGGUGCGACACCUAUCAGGCGGCUCCCUCCGUGGACGAAUGCAACUCGAACGGCUGCGAGGGCAACGAGUGGCACUGCCACUGCGAAACCAAAGAGGGCUGCGCUGCCGUAGGUGGUCGUUGGGAUGAGUACCAGUGCUGGCAAGAUCUUAUGUACAUGUCUGCGGAAGUGCACAAGGGCAUUGCGAUGGCCAAGAGCCAGCACUCCUGUGACGAUAUCGAAGUUUGGCACAGCCCGCUCAUGUACUCGGUGGACUGGUUGGGUGGCAGUUGCUGCUCCUCCGGGCAAUCGGUCUGCCAGGAGCUCGGAGGCAGCGGCGGUGGCCACCAUCACCACCACACCAGCGCUGGUCGAUGA